AAUCGACCAACUGAGUUGUGGGCAGUACAGUUAGUGUUGGCACUGAUAUCGCUUACCGAAGCACUGCUGAUGGCGUACCUAGGAUAUAAGGGCAAUAUAUGGCAGCAAAUUUUAUCAUUUCAUUUUAUUCUAGAACUUGUCACAACGAUACCAUUUGCGGUUACGAUUUUAUGGCCCCCGUUCAGGAAUUUGUUUAUUCCAGUCUUUCUCAACUGCUGGUUAGCGAAACGUUCACUCGAAAAUAUGUUUAAUGAUCUGCAUCGCGCAAUGCAAAAGUCGCAAUCGGCAUUGUCGCAACAACUCACGAUACUUUCAGCAACACUUCUUUGUUUAGUGUUUACGAGCGUUUGUGGUAUACAGCAUUUUCAACGGGCAGGACAUCGCCAUCUAAAUUUGUUCCAGAGUACCUAUUAUGUGGUAGUAACUUUUUCUACUGUAGGCUAUGGUGAUUUUGUACCCGACAUAUGGCCUUCUCAGCUCUUCAUGGUCAUCAUGAUAUGCGUGGCAUUAAUCGUACUUCCGACGCAGUUUGAGCAGUUGGCUUUCACUUGGAUGGAACGACAAAAGUUGGGCGGUAGCUACUCAUCCCAUAGAGCGCAAAGCGAAAAGCACGUUGUGGAUUAUUACGUCGUUUUACUCAGUCCAAUGGAGCUCGACACAACUAUGAGAAUGAUCCUUCAGGUACCAAUCUGGGCUCAACGCGUCAUCUACAUACAGGGCUCAUGUCUCAAAGAUGGUGACCUAGCCCGGGCCCGUAUGGCUGAAGCAGAGGCAUGCUUUAUUCUGGCGGCCCGUAGCUAUGCCGAUAAGACAGCUGCUGACGAGCACGCAAUUCUUCGGUCAUGGGCAGUAAAAGACUUUGCACCCAAUAUUCCGCAGUAUGUACAAAUUUUCCGGCCUGAAAACAAAUUGCAUGUAAAAUUUGCUGAACACGUUGUCUGCGAGGACGAAUUCAAAUAUGCACUUCUGGCUAACAAUUGUACAUGCCCCGGAGCGAGUACACUUGUUACACUUCUGCUACAUACAUCACGAGGACAGGAAGGACAACAAUCCGCGGAGGAGUGGCACCGGCUAUAUGGCAAGUGCUCGGGGAACGAAAUUUAUCAUAUCGUGCUCGGGGAUAGCAGGUUCUUUGGGGAGUACGAAGGCAAAAGUUUCACUUACGCUAGCUUUCAUUCCCAUCGCAAGUAUGGAGUAGCUUUGGUUGGAGUACGUCCUGCUGAACUUCCUGAAUUCUACGAAGAUACGAUCCUGUUAAAUCCCGGCCCAAGGCAUAUCAUGAAGAAGGAUGACACUUGCUACUAUAUGAGCAUAACCAAGGAAGAGAACUCUGCUUUUGUAGUUAACCAAAACCACAAUCAAAGCCCGGAUCAACCACCUAAAGAAGCAACAACAUACAGUGAAAGUAUCGCAAACAGUGCCACAAACCCAGCACUACUGAGCAAUUCAAUCCCAAUAGCAGAUGCAAAAUCAAGCUACAAGGAUGUUUCUUCUUCUCACGCGGCCGCAACAGUUAACAACUCUACAACCACUACACAAUCAACACUUGGACCUCCUGCCAUCUCUUCUGCAAAUCAUCUCGAAAUCCCGAGCAGUAACAAUCCGAACCUUCUAAGUCCAGACAUUUUAAAUCAACGUAGAGGAAGUCGGCGACCAUCGAUUCUUCCGGUUCCGGACAUGUUCACCUCAUCGUCGUUUAGUAUUUCUGGAGAGGAUGGCAUCGAUGGUGAAGACAACGAGAGCGACGAUGAAAUCGACGAUGAUGUUCCUUGGCGCUCACCGUCAGAAAAGAUUGCUACCGGAAGUGUAGAUCUCUCACUCUUGCAAACGGUUUCGUUCGUCCUGAGUUCAUCCGACGAAUCACAAUGUUGUAGUACAACCUCCAAUACCAAAGAUUCUACUCACACACCCCCUGCAUGGCAUACUGAUUGUUCCCGGAUUGUAAAAGGAUUUCCACCAGUUUCACCGUUCAUCGGCGUUAGCCCUACGCUUUGCUUUUUGUUGAAAGAAAAGAAACCUCUUUGCUGUCUACAACUAGCUCAGGUCUGCGAACACUGUAGCUACAGAAAUGCCAAGGAGUAUCAGUGGCAAAACAAAACCAUAAUUCUAGCUGCCGACUAUGCAUCGAAUGGAAUCUACAACUUUAUUAUUCCUUUGAGGGCUCACUUUAGAUCAAAAACAUCCUUAAAUCCUAUCAUUCUGCUGCUGGAGCGAAGGCCAGAUAUAGCUUUCUUAGAUGCAAUUUCCUAUUUUCCUCUGGUCUACUGGAUGUUGGGCUCGAUUGACUGUCUCGAUGAUCUUCUUAGAGCCGGUAUUACUUUAGCAGAGAAUGUUGUUGUUGUCAAUAAAGAACUGUCUAAUUCAGCAGAAGAAGACACAUUAGCCGAUUGCAACACAAUCGUUGCAGUUCAGACUAUGUUUAAAUUUUUUCCUAGUAUAAGAAGCAUCACCGAAUUAUCACAAAGCUCAAAUAUGCGAUUCAUGCAAUUCCGAGCACACGAUAAAUACGCUUUGCAUCUUAGCAAAAUGGAGAAGCGAGAGAAAGAACGCGGUUCGCACAUAUCAUAUAUGUUCCGUCUACCGUUCGCUGCUGGAAAUGUGUUUAGUGCUUCCAUGCUGGACACAUUGCUGUAUCAAGCUUUCGUUAAAGAUUAUGUCAUUACGUUUGUUCGUCUACUACUUGGGAUCGAUCAGGCCCCGGGAAGCGGCUUUCUUACCUCGAUGAAGAUUACAAAAGACGAUAUGUGGAUUCGAACAUACGGUCGGCUGUACCAAAAGCUCUGUUCCACGACAUGUGAAAUUCCUAUUGGUAUCUACCGAACGCAGGAUACGUCAAGCGCUGAUGCAUCACAUUAUUCGAUUAACAUAGCCGACGAAGCACGAGAUAACCACGUACAGCAAAUCGAACGUGCUGAGAUCGCUAAUCUGGUACGCAGUCGAAUGGAAUCAUUAAACUUACCGAGCAUCGAUUACGACGACGUGAGCGAAAAGCGAAAUCAUCUCUCGUAUGUCAUUAUCAAUCCGUCGUGUGAUCUGAAGCUAGAAGAAGGGGAUAUCAUCUACCUUGUACGACCUUCUCCAUUCUCUGCGCAAAAAACGUUCGAGCGCCACAACUCACGGCGCAAAUCCAACAUAUCUUUCUGUUCCAACAUCAAUCUAGCGGCGGCGGCCGGCUCACGUCGCGGCUCUGGCAUCGGUCUGAACACCAUCGGAGGACCGCAGCCGAUGUCAGGUUACGUAACGCCCCGGGCGCCUCCGCUGGUCACAACAAAAUCGAAUUCUCUAUCUCUUCCAGAUAGUCCUAAUGCAUUGGGACAGAUGCGAGGAAGGAGUAAUUCCUUGAGGAUUGACAGUGACAUUCUCCUACGACGCUCCAAUUCACUGAGGCAAGGACUACCGAACAUUGGAGCAUCGGGACGACGAAAAUCAUCGUUAGAGGAAAUUGGUAUAAGUCACUUCGCUACACUCAUGCAGGCAACAAACCAUUCUAAUCCGAUAAAGAUAGCUCUGAAUGGCAGUAUUGGCUUGGAGGUAACUCCUCCGGAAGAACCUCUUCCUAUCAUUGGUGUUCCUUGCUUAAGCGGUGGAGUUAAUCCUUCGACACUCGGCGGUUCGGGGCUAGCAGGUUCGACGAUUGGUGGGUCUACUCUUGGUGGUUCGUCGCUCGGCCUAAGUACUGCCAUCGAGUCAAAUAAUAGCGCGUCUACACCCAACAUUCAGAUGCAAAACGAAUCUUCGUCACAACCACAGCAUUUACAUGGAACGAUAGUAUGAUACAACCUAAUGUGGGGCCGCAGGCUCCGCUCAGCGGUGCGCAGCAACAAGUGGAUAUAGAACAAACCAACUAUCCAUCCUGUUAAGCAAAAGUAUUAGUUUGUAUGAUACAACCUAAUGUGGGGCCGCAGGCUCCGCUCAGCGGUGCGCAGCAACAAGUGGAUAUAGAACAAACCAACUAUCCAUCCUGUUAAGCAAAAGUAUUAGCCUAAAAGACUCACACAUUUCGUAACAUUUCAUUGCAACUAUAAGUUAAAAUCUCGUAGUUUGAGCGGUGGAAUAUGUGGUACUCCCGCAAACUCCUCAAGAUAGCUGAUUACUAACCCAGUACAGUACCAAAAAAUCAUAUAAGGUCGAUGCAAACAGAUGAAAUUAAAGAGGUAGGAAAGGCAACUAGUAACGUAUAGCAAUCAAGGAUAGAACUAUAUGGUAGUAUGAAACAUGACCAACGACAAUGAAUCGCGAGCGCAAUAAUAUAGUGUGCGAGGAUGGAUCGAGUUGCUUCAAAGUUAUAACGUAGAUACAAUUACUAGAACAGCUGGUAUAAAAAGGAGGACCGAAGGAUAAAAUUAGGUAAAUUUUGUACUAAAACAAUAAAGUAGUAAACGAUUACUUUAAGUAGAUAUGAGAAGAUUACCAAAAAGAGAUGUUCUAGAUGUCAAAAACGUGGCUAUGCUUAAUAACAGCGACGGGAAGUGGGAGCAAGGUUAGAGAGGAUGAAAUUAUUAAUUGAUAUAAUCUUUACGUCUUCUUCUUUGGCAACCGCAUCCGGUCAUGCCUGCUCUUUAAGGGCUUACUGAACUUUUACCCUUUACGUACGUGAAUAGUCAGUCCCGGUCUCAGUUGGGAUUUAAAAUGCGCUGACAGGGUAAUCCAGCACUCGUGGAAUAUCCUUGCUCUUUUAUACAAAUAUAUACAAAAUUAUCAUUACCAUUCACGGGUAGCUUUACCAGUGCAAAUCGCAUUUUUUCUUAAAACUAGAAGUUGCUAUAUUUAAGAAUAUGGAGGUUAAUAUAUUUUCAAUAGAAAGGAUGUCAAUAAAAUGGGCAACUAACGAUCGAAAAGAGCAAUCAUAUCGUAUAAAAAGUUAAGACGGUCAAAAUGUUGGGCGUGUGUCGAAAUUCCGCCGUGUUUCCUUCAUUAAUAUAUAUCAACAUUAUAUAUUCCUGAUUUAAUUUCUUGCUUAAUUACUUCAUGAAGACAAUUGUACCAUUGACUACUGUUGUUGUUGAUGAUUUUAAUAAAAAUCGUCAUUCAACAAUAGUACAGUACGUAGGUUAGAGUUUAGCAAAUAUUUACAGAACGAUUUCUAACGAUCGUCCGAAUUAUGCGCCUAACCCUAAAAACCCGUUAUUUUUAUGAUAGCAAGUGAACACAGUUGACUUUGCAUGUGUUCCAUUUUUUUAUCUUUUUAUUUUUCAUAUUUAUUAAAUAUCCAUAACCGUGACUUCUCUGACUUCCUAUGAACCUGCAAUAUAUGGUUGUCAAAACUACAACCUGCCCAACAAACCCACGCUUCAAUCCGACACACGAACACAAUCGAUUGAAAUUGUUGACACCUUAUUACCUUAGCUAGUAAGCUCACAUACUCUUAAGGAGUGUGUACGGUACAUUUUAGUUUAUUAAUUAGAAAAUUGUCUCAAGCUAGCCCGGCAUAAUUUGAAAACCGGCAUCUGGGCCAGCAAUUCAAAUAUGAGUCUAACUCAACUUCUUCUUUUAUCUGCAAAAACUGUAUUAUAGAAAUAAGACACCACUGAAAUCAUGAAGUCCCCACUUAUUAAUUGUGAUAAAUUCCCAACCUUAACCCACAUUAUCACCAAAUUUGAAAAUUACAAAACGAGUACACCAUCAUUUGCAUGCUAUUUAAUAGCCUUAACUACACUUUGCUGUAGAUUGCAGCUGAAGGUCAAAUUCGCAAUAAGCGGUUUCCAUCAGGUAUCUGGUUAAGUUUAUUUUCCAAAAACGAAGUUAGCAAUUGAUUUAGAAAAUGUUGUUCAUAGUAGUGCAUUUGGAAAACUUUUUGGCUCAUAAGAAAAAGUAGAGAUAGUAUUAAAAUAACUCGGGAAUCAGAACCGUCGAAACUCCUAUAUUUUUGUACCCUAACCAUUUACACUUUAUACAAUUUUGUUUUCCUAUUUUGUAUGAUGAAAACCUUAUGACGUAUACAAACAUUAAAACUAAACGCAAACUCACAUAAUAAGAUUUUAACCAACAACUGCGAGAUUGGUGUAAAUAAAAUUGUACAGACAAACACGUAGAAAUAAAUUAAGCAUAAAACAUAAUCUAAUGUAAUCAUCACAAUGAAGGAUACGUUGGCAAUGAGUGGUUCUUAUUUUAGAUUUGACGUUGUUUCUCUAUCACUCUCAUUAAAACUACACCAAACAGGCGGUAGACGUUACAAAUGCUAUCUGAUAAAAAGAAAAAUAAAAACAUCGCUUUGGUAUACUGUAAUCGCUUUACAAUGCUAAAAAGGUAUUUAACAAACUGGUAAAUACAACGUUAUAAGUCUGUUUUUUGAAAAUCGCUGCCAAUGUAAAUUAUUUGGCAAAAGUUUAUUAACGAUAUAUCUUGUACAAGUUUACGCAAAUGAAAUGCAGUUGACCUGAAUUAUGAACUAGUUGACUUAUUUUUUACAUAUGGCAUAAGUUUAAACACCAUCUCAUUAACAAGCAACAUGAGACCAAUUAAAAAAAUCUUUUUAUUAAAUAUAUGAGUAAAAGGAAUGAAAGUAAGCAUAGUAAACAAAUUUCAUAUUCAUAUAAGCUUGCCAAUAGAUAUACUCAUAGAAUGAGGAUAUCACAAUCACCUUAAAUCAUUUAGAGGUCCAAACACAGAGCAUUUAAUAUGAAAAUAUAAAUAGUUGAGUAGGCCUUGAAUCAUUACGAACUUGAAAUUACAUUAAAAUUACUAGGUCAAAUGGAAUUUUUAUUGAGAGUGUCCAAGUUCAUUUCAAAUAUGCUACAAUCUCUCAAAAAAUGCCUUAAAUUGAGUUCUAGUGAAAAAUAAGCAUCAUAACCGAAUGGAGUAGUAACUCGUAG